AUGCAUCACCCUACCAAACGCGAAAUUGGCCAGCACUUUGUCUUUGGCUUCCACGGCCAUCAUGUCAGCGACGACAUCCGCACCCUCAUCUGCGACUACUACUUGGGGAAUGUCAUCCUCAUGAAGCGCAAUGUCCAAAGCAUCGCCCAGGUCCAAGCACUCGUCACGGACCUGCAGCGUCUCGCCAAGGAAGCAGGCCAUGAGCGACCCCUCAUGAUUGGUAUCGAUCAGGAGAACGGCCUGGUCUCAGCCUUUAGCUCUACAGCACACGCGGAUGCUGGUACGCAAUUCCCGGGAGCAAUGGCCCUGGCUGCCACCGGUUCUGUCCAGCUGGCUGAGCAGGUGUCGGCUGCAUCUGGCGCGGAAAUGCGCUUGGCAGGCAUCAAUUGGGCCUAUAGCCCAGUCGCGGACGUCAACAAUGAUCCUCGCAAUCCUGUCAUAGGGGUGCGAUCUUUCGGCGACGAUCCACAGGACGUGUCCCGCUAUGUGCAAGCCGUCAGUCGUGGCUUGACCUCCGUGGGCAUCGCGCCCUCUGCGAAGCACUUCCCCGGACACGGUAACACCCACACUGACUCGCAUCUCAGCCUGCCCGUCAUCGAGGCCACGCGCGAGUCCCUCGACGCAACCGAGCUCCCGCCCUUCAAGGCCCUCAUCGACAGCGGCGUCGCGAGCAUCAUGACCGGGCACAUGGCGCUCCCCCUCAUCACCGGGGACGCCACGCCCGCGUCGCUCUCGCGCGCCGUCACCACGGACCUCCUGCGCGACGCGCUCGGCUUCCGCGGCGUCAUCGUGACCGACUGCCUCGAGAUGGACGCCGUCGCGGCGACCGCGGGCGUCGCGCCCGGCGCGGUGAGCGCGCUGCAGGCCGGCGCGGACGUCGUGAUGAUCUGCCACCGCUUCGACCGGCACCUCGCCGCCCUGAACGCGACGUACGACGCCGUGCGCGCCGGCGUGCUGCCCGCCGCCGCGCUCGCGGAGAGCGGGCGGCGCAUCGCGGCGAUGAAGGACGCGUUCACGGGCGGGUGGGACGCGGUGCUCGGCGCGAAGCUGGACGCGGGCCAGGUGCGGCGUCUCAAGGCGGACAACGCGCUGCUGAGCACGCAGGCGUACGCGCGGACGGUUGCUCCGCUGCGGUCGCUGCGGCCUGGUGCGCUCCCGCUGGCGAAGGCGGGGUAUGCCGUCCUGUUCACGCCGCGCGUGCAGAGCAUUAACCCCGCGGUGGACGACAACGAGGGUGCGCUGCGGGAUGCCGCGGGCCGGCUGCGCAACACCGCGGGGCCGUCGUAUGAGGCGCUGUCCAAGAGUCUCGCGGCGCAUGUGCCGGUGCACCACAUUGUGUACGCGCAGGGGGACACCGUCGUGCCGGGCGACCAGGAGAAGAUCCGCGGAGCAAGCUCGCUGGUGUUCGCGGUGCGGAAUGCGUUCGAGGCAGGCGCGUGGCAGAUAGACUACCUCCGGGCGGUCGUACAGGACGGGGUCGUAGCGCCGGAGAAGCUGGUGCUGGUGACCACCUGCGCGCCGUAUGACCUGAUGAACCUGGACAUGAGUGAGGUGAAGGAUGUGCCGUGUCUCGCCACGUUCGAGUUCACCGUGCCCGCCAUGGCAGCUCUUGCGGAUGUCUUGUUCGGAGUGUCGGAGGUGAAGGGGACUCUUCCUGUCGGAAAGGCAUGA